AUGGAACAAGUCAUCAAAGAUGCGAAAGAGCGAGACGAGGCACGCAUGCGCGAGAUCAAGCAGCUGCGUGAUAGGUCGGAGAAUGAGCUGAAGAGUUUGAGGGAGAAGUCGGACAGUUCUUCCAAGGAUGCCGAAACAUUGCGUCAGCGUCAGCUGGAAGAGGCCUCCAUGGAGCUGAAGGAACUCCACAGCGAAACUGCCCAGCAAAAGGAGGCGACGCCUGGUGAAACUCGCGAAGCAAAUCUCAGAGUAUCUCAGACCCAUCCAUCAUCCUCAUUUGACGUCUCUUGUUAUAUUCGUAUUCUGAUGCUAUCAUGCAGCCCCUCCCCUGCGAAGAUGCUCUCGGAGCUGGUGCGUGAAAGCUCCGCCGAAGCAGCACAGCUCAGGCCAGACGUUUGGAGCAUAAAUUCAACUUAA